GCCAGAGUUUCCACCCCUCAACGUCACCUUCCAAGCUGCUUCGAUCGCCACCAUCUCCUUCACAACGUAACAACAACCCAUGUUCUGGAUUUUAGGCUGCUCUCUCGGUCAAAUCUAAAUAACUAGGGCAAGAUGACUGUGCGCACAAAGAUUUUCCUCCCCCUUCGUGGACGCGCGGGCGCCCGAACAUUCUCCGUCUCCCGUGCCCGCUGGGAAGCGGCGCCGUUGCCAGCGCGCAAGCCUGUUGGAGCCUUUCGAGGAGGACUCUUCGGCUUCCUGACCGGCGCAGUCGUUGCCGGCGCGUCCGUCUACUACUAUGUGCUUGGAGACUACCGCAUCUCCAACGAGAUCCUGACCGAUGAUAUUACCGCUCUUCAGCAUGCUACCAUCAAGCUUCAGUCAUACAUCACGGAGCUGGAGUCUCGAGUGGAUCAGCUGAAGAAGAAAUGAGACAUUUCUAUCAUUUGUCCUUGAUCUGCCGUGCUGUAUUUUGUCUCUAUGGCGUUAGGGCGUCUAUUUAUGCAUUAGUUUGACUGCGAAAUAAGCAUUUGUCCAAAUUUAUAUCUGUGCUAGCUUAAAUGAUGGUUGCAAAGG